ACAUAUUUACAUUAACCAAUUUGUCACAACUGUAUAUGUCUAGCUAGCAUGAAGCAGUAUACUUUGCCUAUCAUCCUCUUCCUUACCAUAAGCAUUAGCCUUUUAGCCAUCAGUGCUAGUGGAGAUCAUGACCAAUUCAUCUACACCGGCUUCACCGGUAGCAAUCUAACUCUAGAUGGUGCAGCAAAAAUCACAGCCACCGGCCUUCUUGGGCUGACAAAUGAUACAUUCCGGAUCAAAGGCCAUGCAUCUCACCCAGCUCCGCUAUGCUUCCGCAAGUCCCCCAAUGGCACGGUGCAAUCUUUCUCUGUCUCCUUUGUAUUUGGUAUUCUCUCUUCAUUUGGUGAUAUAAGAGGCCAUGGAUUUGCUUUCUUCAUUGCCCCAAGCAAUGAUUUCUCCACUGCCUUUCCAAUCCAAUUUUUGGGUCUUCUUAAUGAUAUAAACAAUGGCAGUUCGACCAAUCACCUCUUUGCAAUUGAGCUUGAUACCAUUAGGAAUGAUGAGUUCGGGGACAUCGACAAUAAUCAUGUCGGGAUUGAUAUCAACAGUCUCAACUCAGUAAGAUCCUCUUAUGUCGGCUUCUAUAAUGACAACAAUGGCGCGCUCACAAACGUGAGCCUCAUUGGAGAUAAGCCAAUGCAAGUUUGGGUAGAGUAUGAUGGGAAUGCCACACAAAUUGAUGUGACAUUAGCUCCUCUUGGUAUUGGAAGACCUAAGAGACCACUACUCUCUGUAGUCCAUAACCUCUCAACAGUGCUAACAGAUCAAGCAUACCUUGGCUUCUCAUCCUCAACAGGCUUAAGCACAGGACAUCACUAUGUUCUUGGUUGGAGUUUUGGGCUGAAUAUUCCUGCUCCAAUCAUUGACCCCACAAAGCUACCUAAACUGCCUAAUCUUAGUCCAAGACCUCAAUCCAAACUCUUAGAGAUUGUUCUACCAAUAGCAUCAGCAAUAUUCGUACUAGCUAUUGGUGUUGCUAUUGUUUUACUCGUGAGGAGACAUUUAAGGUAUAAGGAGGUACGUGAAGAUUGGGAGGUUGAGUAUGGCCCGCACCGUUUCGCUUACAAAGAUUUAUUUGAUGCCACUAAAGGAUUUAAGAACAAAAACUUGGUAGGCACAGGUGGGUUUGGAAGGGUGUACAAAGGGGUGCUUCCUAACUCUAGACUAGAGGUUGCUAUAAAGCGGGUUUCGUAUGAAUCGAAGCAAGGUAUAAAAGAAUUUGUCGCUGAAGUUGUAAGUAUAGGCCAUCUUCAACACCGCAAUGUUGUGAAAUUGCUUGGAUAUUGUAGGAGAAAAGGUGAACUUCUUCUUGUGUAUGACUACAUGGCAAAUGGAAGUCUAGACAAAUACUUGCAUCGACAAGAGGGCAAACCAACUUUAAAUUGGGGACAAAGGUUUCAAAUUAUCAAAGACAUUGCAUCUGGUUUGCUCUACCUCCAUGAAGAAUGGGAUAAAGUUGUCAUUCAUCGUGAUGUCAAGGCAAGCAAUGUGCUUCUCGACAAACAACUGAAUGGACGACUGGGAGAUUUCGGUCUUGCAAGAUUAUAUGACCAUGGAACUGACCCACAAACCACACAUGUUGUUGGCACGAUAGGAUACCUAGCUCCAGAGCUAGUACACAGAGGAAAGGCAACCACUCUUACUGAUGUCUUCUCAUUUGGCAUAUUUAUUCUUGAGGUUACUUGUGGGCAAAAGCCUAUCAAGGAAGACUCACAAGGCAGACAACUUAUCUUGGUUGAUUGGGUGCUUCAGAACUGGCACAAAGGAUCACUUCUUGAUACAAUGGAUAUCAAGAUCCAAGGUAACUAUGAUAUAGGAGAAGCAUGUCUUGUACUAAAGCUGGGAUUGAUGUGUUCGCACCCAUUUCCUAAUGUUAGGCCCAAUGUGCGACAAGUUAUGCAAUAUCUCGAUGGGGAUGUGCCACUACCAGAGCUUAAACCGGAGCACUUCAGCUUUGACAUGUUAGCAUUGAUACAAAAGCAAAAUGAAGGUUACGACCCAUCUGCUAUGUCUUUGUAUCCAUCUCCAAUGAUGACAAGCUUUGGCUCAACAUCUAGCUUCUCACUAGAAGGAAGAUGAUGCCCAUGGCUUGAUUCAAUGUUCUUGCUUAAUGGCUUUCACUAGCUGUGCACUUGUAGCCUGUAUUCUGAUGUAAAUGUAAUGGGUUGCUCUUAUCAGUAAAGCGGAUAAAAUUGUGAUACA